GCACCACCCGAAACUAUGAUUCUUGCCAACUGCGACCCCUCCAGUUCCUUUGGGUCUUACAUGUUCUACUACAACGCAGGACAUAAUGCUCAAGGUGCUCCAGACGCUCAAUGUAUCGUCAAGCAGAACAGCUUCGUCACUUGGGAAGGACGAACUAUCAGUUGCACAUUCCCCGCGAGCGGAGUCACCUUCACUAGCAACAUCGUUGCUGGUGCUCAAGGUCAGGCCGAUUACUCCAUCGUCGGCACGGCGUUCAACGAUUUCCAUGGAUUCACUUGUCGCAAGGAUGACAAGCACGUUAUGUGGUCCGGGACUGGCUUCUCGUGCAAGACUAUCUACUACUGCCAGCCU